AUGAGGCGUAGAGACGAUCUUCCCAAAGAAGACCUUGUUGGGAACGAUCAGGGCUCCUCUCCCAUCAACUCUUCAAAGCCCAACGCUGAUUCGGAAGAGAUAUCUCGCCAAAUCUUGGAUAUCAUCGUCGAGUAUGCCCUGAACAAAUUCGACGACUCAAAGGAGCGACUGGCAAAGGGCGCAGACACGUUUCUCUCGUCUAUACACCACUUUGUUGCAGCAGGGACCCGGGUAGAAGCAUGUCUCCCCGCAUUUCCCUUCAAGUCUGCCAACAAGGUGUACAAGGUUCUUGGUAACCUGCCGGACAAGGCUGAAGAGCUGGCUCUCUGCCGGUUGAACACCAUGUGUACACGCAUAAAAGAGGUGUACCAGCCUGGCGCGCAAGUCACCAUCAUAUCGGAUGGCAUCACAUACAAUGAUUUGCUGUGUAUAUCGGACCAAGACACAUGGGCUUAUGGAGAGGCUCUGCGAAAGUUGGCGGCCCAGAACAAGUUCAACUUUAUCAGCUUUUCCAGGAUGAAAGACCUCCUUGACUUUCCUUUGCCCCAAAAGAUGACCGAGAUUACUUAUGUUGCCAACUGCACUACUUUCCGCCGCUUGCUGCUCAACAAGUACGGCAAAGCUGACCUCGAUAUUGACCAUGAGAUUGCCACGAAUCCCGAUACGAAGCUCACCUACCUCGGGUACAAGAGGUUUUUGGAGUCUGAUUUAAAGUACAUCUUCCCCAGGGGGGCGGAUAGGACUGCGAAUGGCUACAGAAGGGAUUGCAAGUAUCUCGCCAAGCAGAUGUUGAUCCGAGGCCAUGCCUUCGCGGGUGCUGUCAAGAACGCCUACCCCAAUCAUUUACGGCUCUCAAUCCACGAGUCGGUGGCUGGUAACAAGGUUUCCAUCUGCCUACUCAACACCAAGACCGGGUUCACGACCCCAUGGCACUGCAGCGUUGCUCAGCUAGCCGAUGGGGAAUGGAUCAGCGCCCCCAUGGGUGAGUUCAUCAAGGAUGAUAGGCUGGAGCUCAUGUACAUGGAUGGCCAGCCAAGCUACUUCAAGGAGAAGCCCCGGGAGCCAGACGCCCUCGGCAUCAGUGAGGCGACAGCAAGCUAUCUCCAAGAAGCCAGGCCUCUCAGCGCAAGUGGCUAUCUCACCGGAGCAUCUACGCCCAUAAAGACCUCGCCUGGUCGUCUUUCUCUCACACCUCCAGCAACCGAAAAGAGCAGUGCGGCCACCACGCCCAAGACGCCGUCUCCUCGAAUACUUUCAUCUUGCAGUCGGGACGCCGCUGCCGAGGAUGAGUUGAGUAGUGAUUUGUUAUUGGAAAGCAAUAAUGGAGCUGCUUCGAUUCCGUACGGAAAGAGGCUCAUCCCUCAGAUCAUGGACAGCUUGGCUGUUGCCGAGCCGGACCGUACUGUAUUCUCGCUGACGACAUUGUCCGCCGGCUCACCUGAAUUCAAGCAAAUAUCUGCUCUCAAGUUCACCAAGGCUGUUGACAAGACCGCAUGGUGGCUUCACAACCGUGUUGGCAAGCCCGGCUCUGUUCUACCUAUAGGAUAUAUCGGACCACAUGACCUGCGACAUAUUUUGUUGACCUAUGCUUGCGUCAAAGUUGGCUACGCAGCCUUGUUUCUAUCACCCAAGAACAAUACCGAAGGAGCAUUGGCGGUCCUUGAGGCAACAAAAUGCAGCAUCUGGGCUACCGCGGGCGAAGUCUCACCAGUACCCCUGGUUAAAGAAAUCCUGCGGCAACGUCCCAUGGAUGAGCUGCAGCUUCCUUUGCUCGAUGAGCUGCUUGAUGCCGAUUCGGUUGCGCCGUUUCCUUAUACCAAGUCGUUCGAGGAGGCGAUCGACGAGCCGUUUUGUUUCCUGCAUACCUCUGGGAGCACGGGGGUGCCGAAGCCUAUUCCAUGGUCUCAUGGCUUGAUCGGCACCAUGGAUGCGGUGCGACUGCUGCCGCCUGUUGAUGGUGAUGGCAAUUUGCUGCCAUGGACAUCUGACUGGAGGUCAGGCGAUACCAUCUACUCGUCAUUCCCUAUGAGCCACGGUGCUGGUAUUAUAAUGGACAUUCUAAUGCCCGCCUUGUUCGAGUUACACUGUGUCUUGGGACCGGCGGGCGUUUUGCCGAAUCUCAAUGUUAUCGAAACUCUCGCAGAGCAUGCCAAGAUUGACAUCUGGAGCAUGGUUCCAUCUCUUGUUGACGAGGUUGGGGAAGCACCCGAAGUCUUGAGCAAGCUGAAGCCAUCCAAAUUCAUCUGCGCAUCCGGCGGUCCCGUCAGUCCGAUAAGUGCUAGCAAGGUAAACGAAGUCAUAAGAGUGCUGAACUUGACCGGUACAACAGAGGGCCUGUUUAUAGGAAACCUCGUGACCUCGAGGGAGGACUGGCUCUGGUUCUGCUUCCAUCCCUACUCCGGGUUUGAGUUUAAAGAAGUCGAGGAGGACACAUAUGAGCAUUGGGUGCAUCGCAACCAACACUGGCCCCUAUUUCAGGGUAUCUUCCACACUUUCCCAGACAAAGACUCGAUAAACUUGAAAGACUUGUACACGAGACAUCCUACCAAGCCAAAUCUAUGGGCUUUCAAGGGACGAAGCGAUGACCUGGUGGUGUUGUCCAACGGCUACAAGAUUACCCCCUUGGAAACGGAAGCUUUUAUUACUACUCACCCUGCAAUCAGCGGGUGUCUUAUUUUCGGCACCGGGAAGCCACAGGCAGGUCUUCUUGUAGAAUUGAAGGACCCCUUGUCGAAACCAGAUACGCUUCUCGACAGCAUCUGGGAGACGGUCAAGAAGGCCAACUCCCUCUCCAGACACAGAAACCAGCUGCUGAAGGAUUUUGUUACUUUUUCAGAGCCCAACAAGCCUUUUAUUCUCACGGAUAAAGGCACUGUCAAGCGUACCGCUACCUUGGCCCUUUACGCCGACUACAUCGAGCGUUUCUACGAUUCUCGCAACGAAGAUCUUGCGGGCAACUUCCUCGUCGACCUGGAAUCAACUACAUCAAUUCAGAAUUGUCUUCGUGAGAUUCUCACAUCGUCACUCCCCGACAUUCAGGAAGUACCGUUAGAUUGGAAUCUGUUUGAUCUCGGGCUGGACUCUCUGGGCGUCUUUGCAGCCGUCAAGACUAUUCGGGCCGCCACAGGCUUGGGAGAACAGGUUGCUCCUCGCCAUAUCUACGCCAAUCCCACAAUCGCCAGCCUGUCUGCUACUAUUGCACGUAUAGCGGAUACAGUGAAGACAGCAAACGAGUCUGUCUCACACAAUGAUGACGAUGGGGUCUUUAAGAUGCGAAACAUGAUUGUCAAGCACAAAGCUCGACAAUCAUUUCCCUUGAACGCAUUGGACUAUGUUAACCCAAACCACGGCAUGGGCCUUGUGUUUUACUUUUCAUUACAAGAAGGAGUCAGCUACGAGCAAGUAUUUACAAACUUGCAAGAAGGUCUGAACCGGACAUUCGAUAUGAUCCCGGCUCUGAGCGGCAAGAUGAUGAACCGCUCAGAGCAAGAAAUCGGGUACACUAAGGGAGACCUCUGCGUCACCAUUCCCUCUUUACCCAUGGCGGCGUCUGUCCGCAAUAGAUUGAAAUACAAGGAUCUCUCCAGCGUUCUUCCGUCAUUUGCAGAGCUGCGAGAAGCGGGAUUUGCACCGUCCGCCUUCAAGGACAGUCUUGUUUUGCGAGACGACCCCUUCCCCAAGAUGCCCGCCGACAUCUUCGCCGGCCAGGUUAACUUCGUUUCAGGGGGCUGCAUCAUCGCCGUCGAGCUAAAUCACUGCUGCCUCGACGGCCUCGGCGUCAUGAUCGCCAUCAAGGCCUGGGCCGAGAACUGCAGAUAUCUCCAGGGCGACAAGUCGGCAACGUGCGAUUGGUACGACCCAGAGAGUUUCAACCACAGCUUGCCCGAGAUCAUUCACGAGCAAGAAGGUUGGAUUCGGCCUCUUGAUGAAAUCGAUCCGGGCACAUGGGGCUUUCUUCCAUUCUUCCCCCCGGAGGACGAGUCUCCCCGCGUGGCCGAUGAGAAGGACUCGACGGCUGUCAAACCCGUCGUUCGGCAGAAGGCGCCCGACGAAUGGACUCUCAAUCCUCGGCCUGUAUUCCCCCUGCACUCUGUAUGGCCUCUUCCUCGCGCUGAGAGAUGCCUGAAGACUACCUUGUUUUCGAUCGCGCCCGACAAGCUGGAGCAGAUGAAGCAGGACGUCGUGGCAGACCCCGAGGCCAAGGGGGUCAUCACGUCCAUCAGCGACAUCUUGCAAGCCUUUUUCUGGCGAGCAGCUAUCCGGGCGCGAUACCGGGUUGCUACGGAAAUUCGCAGACAAACCUUUGGUCCUGAAGACGUGUCCAUCCUCGAGCUGCCUACCGAUGGCCGCCCGUACUUUUCCUCACUACUACCAUCGACUUAUAUGGGCAGUCUUCUCAUCUUGAAUCGGUCCAGCAUGCCCAUACAAGAACUGUGCUCUCCCAAGACAAGUAUCGGACAGGUUGCGUACCUGCUGCGUCAGUCUGCCGCGCGCAUCACCCCUUCUCUCGUGCAUGAUGCAUUCACGCUCUUGCAGUCUCUCCCUGACCAUGGCAGAUUCUCGACUGCAAAUAUGGGCCUCGAGCACAUGCACGCCAUGAUAUCAAACAUGAUGCUGUUCCCAAUGAGCGAGAUUUGCUUUGGAGACGGGCUCUUCGCCAACCAGGGUUCCCCUGAGUCUAUGCGGCCGCAGAUAGAGCGCGGCAACGGCCGCUUCAGGUUUCUUGUGAUUUUUCCCAUGAAGAAGGAUGGGGGGGUUGAGCUGGUUUUGGGCACGCACCCGGAGGAGUUGGACAUGUUGAAUGCGGAUGAGGAGUUUACAAAGUAUGCGAAUCUCGUGGAUACUUGCUGCUAA